UGAAUUUAUUUGCAACAGCCAAUAAAAGUUUCUUUAAUCGCAAGUUUCAAGCGUUGUGUCCAGCCACCUGAUACUCCAACUAUUUUUACCCACACACACACACACACACACACACACACACACACACACAGACAUACACACUGGGAGCCUUGGACCAUUUAUUUGAACCGCUGGACUUGCCAUUUUAGUUACUUUUGGGGGCUGCUGGAAAUUAAUUCAUCCAAAAUUGUAACUAAAAUUAUUAGUUUUGCGUUAGAUAGCAAUGCUCAUUUACCUUCACUUGAGUACCCAAACGAGACACCAAAACGCCAAUUCGAGAUGAUCAAAGGUUUGGGCGGGCAUUUACCGCAAUUUCAGCCUGGCGAGCAGCCCGAUGAACACCAACUGCUGCACCGGGCUGCGGGCAUUGGUGGUCAUUUGGGCGGGAUGCCAAGUUGCCAAGCAUUUGGUUAAUGUGAUAUGAUUAACGUAAACCAUCGAUUGGUUGGCUCAUGGUUUCGUUGGUGCAGUGCGUCUGCAUGAUUCGUUUGGGCACUUUGGGUUGUAGGAGUGGUCAUGGCUAUUCCUGAACUAUGGUUUUUAGUAGAUCCGCCGGCACACGUGCUGCGAUAUAAAGCCUACCGCCCACGCCGUUAGUAGAUCCUUUGAAUGGCAUGUAAGACAUUUCCAAGAUUGGUAUAUGCAAAGGGGCUAAACAAUUGUUGUUGUUGUGGUUGCCUUUGCCCUUAUAGCUUAAGCCAGGAGCGUGCGACUCAAAUAACCAAUCCGAAUGCCGCUUCCACGAUUCCUCAAGCUGCGCCGUUCGUAGCAACACCGCCGGCACCGCAACCGGCCAAGCCACAGCCGGUCAAGCUGCAGACGGUCAAGCCGCAGCCGGUGGAAAAUCAUGAAGCGCUGCCCAUGCCGAUUUUCAUCAAGGAUGAACCGAUUACGCCCGCUGGCGAUGACAUGGAGGAAACCGACACUGGCACCAAUAAUGGCAGCAUGGACUUUGCCAGCGUCUUGGAUUCGGAAAAUGGUGGAAAAAUACCAUUUAAGAAGAUCUUUCAGAAGCGCAAGAAGUCAUCGGAACGCACACGUGACAAGAAAUUGCGCCAGAAUCGGCAGCUACGCAAAUCAAUGUUGCCGAAGAACGCUCUGAUGGCCCUCAACGAGGUGAAGGGCAUUAACAUCAGUGAUUUUACGAUUAAUAGCAAUCCGGAUGGCGGCUUUACAGCUAUUGUGACCGUAAAUACCAGGCAGUACGAGGGCAAGGGGCAGUCGAAGAUGGCCGCCAAGAAUUUGGCCUGUGAGAAGGCUUUGCGCGAUUACAUCAUAGCCAAAAUGACGCCAAAGCCGAAGAAAGCGCCAAAGCCAGCUAACGAUAGCGAGUCCGAGGCGAUGGAGACGAACGAUACAGAGAAUACAGAAAAUCCGCCGGAGGAUGAUGUGCCCAUGCUGAACUUGGCCUCGUUUGCCAUUUACAAGCUGUUUGCCGAAUGGGAGCGAGAGGGUUAUGUUGUCCCCGAAAUGCAUCCAUCAGCUGCAAAUGCAUCUGCACAGCAAGGUGAUCCCAAUUCGCCAGCUUCGUCUGUUAUUGUCACACCAAAGGAGCCAAAGAAGCCGCCCGUACGCACCGAGCUGCCGGUCAACUGGGCUACCAUGCAUCCAGCCACAUUGUUGUGCGUCAUGCGUCCAGGACUUUCGUAUAUUGACCAUGGCUGCACCGGAGAGAAGCCGAAUGUUUUGCAGCGUUUGGGCGUCAUUGUGGACAAUCAGGAGUUCACCGCCACUGGACGUUCCAAAAAGAUAGCACGUCGCAAUGUGGCUGUCAAUGUUUGCAACAGUUUGUUUAACACCAAUUUCAUAUAUGAGGAGUAUUAGACGGGCCGCAAUCUCAGCUGAAUCUAUGAAAAUCCAACAAUUUAUCUCGACUUUUUAAUUUUUUAAAUGUGCUUCUACAACUUGACACCUACAUAAACCUACCACACUCCGGGACUACAGUAAAUUCGUGACCAUAAAUAUGUA